AUGUCUGAUGCAACUGACUUUUCUUCUUCUCGCGGGGCCUCUGCCCCCGAGACCACUACCAACCCGUUCAGUUCUGGGGUCGUCAAUGCCUCCCAGACUGUGAACAACCAGUUUGGCUGUGGUGUCGUGAAUGUCACCCAGACCAUCAUCAGCCCCUCCGGUUCUGGUGUGGUUAAUGCCACCCAGACCGUGAACAACCAAUUCGGCUCUGGCGUGGUCAAUGCCACCCAGACAAUCACCAACUCGUUCGGUUCUGGCGCGGGCAAUAUCCCCCAGACCGCCACCAACCCAUUCGGUUCUGGAGGGAACAGCACCACCCAGACCGCCACCAAUCCGUUCCGUUCUGGCGUGGGUAACGUCCCCCAGACUGUCACCAACCCUUUCCAUCCUGGCUGGGCCAAUCCCCCCCAGCCCUAUAAUCCUUUUGCUUCUGGUCGGAGCAAUCGCCCCUCGACCAUCAACAACCAUUUCGGCUCUGGUGGGGGCAUUCCCUCCCAGACCACCAGCAACCCUUUCCGCCCCGCCCCCGCCGACGAUGAUGCCCCCCGGACCCCCAAUGGGGGAUUGACCAAUGGUCACUCCCAUGGGAGGGGUGGGGACUCCGAUGAAGAGGACCCCUACGGCCUCUGGCAGAGCCUGGACGCCGCCCUGGACUCCAUCCUGGCGGAGAGAGAGGAGGAGGAUGCUGCCGAAUUCAGCGACGGCGACGAGGACGCCUACCUGGAUGAGGCGUAA